AUGGAGAAUUUCUACGGCAAUACGCUGAUGGGUUCUUACGGUAACGUGCCGCCGGGUUUUCGAUUCCUUCCAACCGAUCAAGAACUGGUCGGUUUCUAUCUUUCCAACAGAGUCGUCGCCGGAAAGAAGUUUAUGGCGUACUGCCGGAGCUUCAUGCACGAGUUCGACCCCUUCGGGGAGAUGGAGCCGUGGGUUAUCUGGGAGAAUUUCGGCGGACGUUCCCUUGUGGAUCAAGACUUGUAUUUGUUCUACGAACUGCAUUAUCUGCCGUCGAGCUACAUCAAACGCACCAUUGACGCCGGAGUCACCUGGAGCCAGAGCUCAUAUAAGAUGGUUAAGGAUUUUGAAGGAAAACCAAUUGGAGAUAAGAGGUGUUUCAAGUAUAAGAACGAGGGGUGUGACCAGGACGGUGGCUGGCUCCUAGAAGAAUACAGUCUUCGUCAAACCCAAGAAAUCGUCGAUGGCAAUGGCUCCGAUCAUAAAUCCCGAACGGUUGUUCUUUGCCGGCUUAAAAAGAAUCCGAGGUGCGCGAACAUGAAAGAUCAUCCAACCCGAGAAUUGAAGGAGAAACCGGAGAACGAGAGAGCAAGGAAAAGUAGUUCUCUUGUGCACGUUGAUGAAAGCAAUAAGAAGAUCAGUGGAACUAAUCAAGAUCAGGAGCAAGAGCGGCAUUGA